CCUAAAACUAACAGUCAAUGUAAUGUUGGUUUACCAUUCUCUAGAACUCAGAGUAUAAGUGUUGAACCAAAAAAAGCUGAAAAGAAAAGGCAAUGGAGAAGAAGAGUAAGAAACACUUUGUGCUUGUCCAUGCGGGAUGCCACGGCGCGUGGAGUUGGUACAAGGUGAAAACACUUCUAGAAGCUGCAGGACAAUGUGUCUCUGCUAUUGAUCUGGCAGCAUCGGGUAUCAACACAACCAGAGCGGAAGAGAUUCAGACGUUGGAGGAUUAUUCCAAGCCAUUGCUAGAGAUGAUGGACUCGCUUGCCUCUGAAGAAAAGGUGAUUCUAGUCGCUCAUAGCAUGGGAGGUAUACCAGCUGCUCUGGCUGCCGACAUCUUUCCUUGUAACACCGCUGCUAUUGUCUUCUUGACAUCUUCGAUGCCCGACACCAAAAACCCUCCUGCUUAUGUUUUCGAAAAGUUGAUUGCAAGCAUUCCACCAGAAGAGUUCUUGGACACGGUGUUUGGAAGCUACGGGACAUGUGAUCGUCCUCUACAGACUAUUCUUUUUGGACCAAAGUUCUUAGCCGAGAAAUUUUACCAACUGUCUCCAGUUGAAGAUCUUGAAUUGGCGAAACUGUUGGUGAGGGUAAACCCGUUAGUUACAAAUAAUCUGGCAGGGACAAGAAGGUUUAGUGAGGAAGGGUAUGGAUCGAUUCCACGUAUCUAUAUAAUAUGCGAAGAGGAUAAUAUAAUACCUAAGGAAUACCAGCGCUGGAUAAUCAGCAACUUUCCACCAAGAGAAGUUAUAAAGAUAAAAGAUGCUGAUCAUAUGCCAAUGAACUCCAAGCCUCAAGAACUUUGUGCUUGUCUCUUGAAGAUCGCAGAUACGUAUGCAUGAAUGAAUAAAACCUGAGAUCGAAAAUCAGCUUCCUUCACAAUAAUUAAGCCGUAUAGGAAUACAUAUUUUACCUAUAUGUAUGAAAACUAAGCAAGAGAUACUGUUCAUAAUUAUUAGAAAUCAUACCGGUUUAUAACGAUUUAUAAAUCAACCUACGAA